CUGUCCCGACGCAUUGUUGAGGCACAGUCCGCAAACAGUCCUAGAGUCCUACACUCCUAGGAGGUUUCAGCACUCAAAAAUACUAGCUAAAGCGACGAGUUGCAGUUUUGCACAAAACUAACCCCAAAUACAAAGCUACCCUUACCAAGUGAACACCCAGCCGGAAGUGAAGAAACAGUGUGUGCGAGUGUGUGUGUGUGCAAGGACGAGAAUUUAUCUGUGUACACGUGUGUGUGGAAAGUGUUUUUUGUUCUUUCUUUUGUGAGCAUAAUAAAAGCACAUCAUAAUGAAGGCAUUCGUGCUGGGAUCUGCCGUACUGCUGUUGGCUUCGGCCACGGCUUCCGCCAUCUACCCCGGUGUGGCGCUGUCGUCGCAGUACCAAGCGCAUGACGGUAUCGGAGGCUACUCGUAUGGUUACGCCGAACCGAACUCGCAGAAGCACGAAACGAAGGAUGCGCACGGUAUUACGCACGGUGGCUACUCGUACGUCGAUGCGAACGGACAUGUCCAGAGCGUGAAGUACACUGCUGAUCCGAUCCACGGCUUCCAGGUAUCUGGUACAAACCUGCCGAAGGGUCCGGCACCGCAUGCCGUCGCGGUACCAGCCUGGAACGCGUACGCUUACGCUCCGGUCGUGCUCGGCCACAACGGUGCACCGAUCGAGACGCCGGAAGUGCAGGCCGCCAAGGCAGCACACUUUGCCGCACAUGCCGCCGCUAAGGCACGUCUGCACAAGCGCUCCCUGUGGUCGUAUGCUCCUGCCGCACCGGUCGUGCUCGGACACAACGGUGUUCCGCUCGAUACGCCCGAAGUAGCCCACGCCAAGGCGGAACAUGCUGCCGCACAUGCGAAGGCACUCGGCUAUGGUCACGCGCACGCUGGCCCGAUCCCUGACACGCCGGAAGUCGCACACGCUAAGGCUGCCCAUGCUGCCGCCCAUGUUGCGGCCCGCGCCAACCAUCAUGCUGUUGCUCCGGUAACCGUUGCCCACACGCACGCCGUCCACGCCGCACACUACCCGCAGCACAUCCCGAUCAUCAAGAACGGUGUGCCGGUGGAAACGCCGGAAGUGCAGCACGCCAAGGCCGCACACUUUGCCGCCGUCGCCAAGGCCCAGGGUUAUGCCCCGGCCCAUGCACACUCGUACUACCCGCAGCACAUCCCGGUCAUCCACAAUGGUGUGCCGGUAGAGACGCCAGAGGUGCAGCACGCUAAGGCCGCACACUAUGCCGCUGUGGCGGAGGCAAGCGCACGCGCCGGUUCCGGUGCCUGGGCUCCGGCUGGACAUGAGGAUGACGGUAGCUACGAUGGACGAUGGGACAACCACUACUAAGCGUGUUUAAUCGCUUUGCGGUCGCAAACAACAAAAAACCAUACUGUAUAUGCUAACCUAAAAAUACUCGAACCAAAUACUCGAACCCUGCCAAACUCCCGCUCUCUAUUUCCAACAACCUGUGGCGCACUCCUGUGAGGAAUGCUCGCAGUUCUUCCAGUAUUACUCAAACAGCCGUCCCCGUCCCAUCCUUCAAUCGUUCCCUGGCUAGGCGUAGCUUUCUGCGAAUAUCCCGAAAGUCUUCCUCCCAUUUUGUUGGGACUACUGUUGUUGGGACUAACGCCAUCUCAUCCACCCAGCAAAGGCACAACGAUGCAUACCCGUUGAAAGGAAAAACAGAAACGAACGAAAAGAGCUAGUAAAUUUUGAGUGCAACACGUAUAACGACACUAUCCGCCAACAUCUUACAAGGAUUGUCUCACCUUCGAACGCUGCUGCGUACCGGACGAAGGAUGGAGUUUUCCGCGUAUGUACGGAAUAGCCAUACUCCUGCAAAGAAGGUAAAAAACAAAACACGGGAAGCUACUAUCAACCCCGAAAGGGUUGGGCGUUGGAACAUCGAUCAAUUCGGGGACGACGGAACGACCUGCACCAACAGCUGCCAGAUAUCAUUCAGCGAGCCCGUUCCGGCUCCUUUCAGAACAACCAAGCAAAACCCAAGUAAAGGAAACACCGUACACCGUCCAAGCCCGGAACGUCGUGCGAAGCUGCAGUGUCGUCACCGUGGUGGCGCUCAACAAACCAUCUUGUGCAACAGCGCGUCCCAACCUUACACUAACAUAAGCGAUGUGCCAGCAGGUGGAUGUUAUUUCCAAAUCUGCAAACAGGAGGAACAGCAGUCAGCUAAAUCAAGCGACCACCUGCCAACCACGACCAUCAACAAGGUGACCAAGACCAUCGGGAUAGCGUAACGUAUCAACUGCAACAUACAUGGAAAAUGUAUAAAAAAAAUGUAACAAAAAAAGCCAACAAGAUGUUCAAGCGUGAACAUGGCGUGAGCCGGGUGCAUGUAUAAUAAUGUCUUCACCAGCACUCGGCUCCCGUGCCCCCUAUUACCCCUUCUUUAUUAUCAAUCUUUCUUUACUACCUAUGUUUUCUUUUUAUUUGCUCGAACUUCCUUUGCGUUACGAACUUGAUCAAUAAAGAAAUAAAAAAAAACAUUACCGAUUUGCUAUAUUAAAUGAAUCAAA